CUAAAUUCCACAAAAUCGCAGGGACUAGGGCUUUUUUUUUCAAGAACGAAAAACACUUGGUUCACUCUGGCCUCUGCAAUAAUCAAUCGAUGAUCUCGCCUCACAUCGCCGGGCAACAUCUUUGCUCACUUCUCCUCCAACGACCUUAGGGGUAUUUUCCUCCGGCGACCUCGGGCUCAUGUGACCUCGUCGGAUACUGCUUAAAUUUCCACACCCUAGCCCGACUAAGAUAUGCUUUGGUUAUUCUCUCUUCCUAAUGUUUUCGUUCAUCUAUUUCUUUAAUUUCUCCUCUAUUCAUAGCUUUGAUUUCGAUUUUGGAUCUGCUCAUCUUCUCCUGUGUAAAACCCUAACCGAAAAACUAUGCGGGUUUCAAUCGCGAUUUCCUCCUCAUUCCACGAUCCCCACUUCUACUCUCUAAGCAUCUCAGUGAUUGUUAAAGCAAGUAGUGGCCCAAGGUAUGGGGUUGGAUGCAGGAGUAAAGUGGACAAAGAAAAACUCACUGCUGGAACUCGUGUGGUUCUUGACAUGUCUACUCUGACCAUUAUGCGGGCCCUUCCACGUGAAAAGGUUUCUGAAAACAAGAAUAGAAAAAGAGCACCACAAACAUCACCAAGUUUAAACUAG